AUGUGUGGUAGUGAGUGGGACGGUGAAUUGAAUUGGAGUUGCUUGUGCCUUGUAGAUGACUGGUCAGUUGGAGAGGAAGAAAAACCAGGUGAUGGGAGACUGGGUGUGCGAGAAGGGAAGGCGGCGGAGGAAGGAACGGAGACGAGGGUGAAUAUGGGUGGGAGUAAGAGUGAAACCGUAAAGGUGAAGACAAACAAGAACUGGGAAGGAAAUAUGCAGGAGGAGGAGAAGGAGGAGGAAAAUGAGGAGGAGACGCAGGUGGUUGAGUUUGAGGGGAAGAAGAAUGCAGGUGAGAAGGAGAAAAAGAAUGGAGAGUGUUUAGUGGUGAAUGUGGACGUGAAGAAGGAGGUAGAGGUGGAGUUGGAGGCGAGGGCAGAGGUGGAGGGGGAGGCGGAGGCGGAGGAAAGAAGGACGGAGGUGAUUAAAAGAGGAGGACAGAGUGGUUGA